UAGUAAACAAUCUUCCUCACGAUAUUUGCUUUUGCAUAUACCAUGAAAAUUUCAGGUUGUUAACGAAUGCUCUUCAAAAAAAAUUUAAUAUUAUGUCAGACAUAGUUGACAGAUCUGUGUGUAAUCAAAACAACCAAUCUUGCAUGUUUAUGGAAUGUAAAGCAAACUGUGGGUUGCCAAAGUUUGAUGAAUAUGUUUCUAAUGUAAUAGACUCAUUUGGUGACGAUUCCAACAAACCGCUCUUUGUUUUUGACCAAUGGUCCUCAGAAAACGCGCAGAAAAUUGAACAACCACUAACAUCUUUGUUAGAGGGGUGUGUAUUACUGCGUCAGCAAUUGCCAGAUUAUAUACAUCAUGUGUAUAUAAAGCGAUAACAAAGUGCAUAUUUUCGUUUAUGUCGCCAAAAUGUAUCAGAAAAUGAAUUGGUUAUACAGUAAAAUUGUAACUUUAUUUGUAGUACGAUAACAAAACUUAAUAAUUUUGUAUUAAUUUUUAUAAACUUAUUAUUCAUCCAUUUAUAUUUUUAAUUCUUCUAAAAUCAGAUGGAUUUCAGUAAAAAUUACACAAUAAUGGAGCAAAGUGAAAUUCAAUUUGCUUACUGGGUUCAUCAGCAACUAACAGUAUUCACGGCAGCAGUUGGGAGUAAAAACAAUACACAUUCCUAUGCCAUUGUAUCCGAUUGUUUACUUCAUGAUAAAUAUGCCAUCUUGUUGAUUAUCAAAGAAUUAUUAAAUCGUUAUCAUAAUAUUUGUAAAUUACACUUUUUCACUGAUGGGCCUUUAUCACAAUUCAGAAACUCUUAUGUCAUGACAGCCAUGAAUAAUUUGUACAAAUUAUCAUCUGAUCUUCUUGAGAUUCGUUGGUCAUUUUUUGCAACAUCACACGGAAAGGGGGCAGUUGAUGGAAUAGGUGGAGAAAUAAAAAGAAUGGUUUGGACAACAGUAAAAUCUGGAAAACGAUAUUGUCGCAGUUUAGAAGAUUUUGUGAGCAUUGCAAGUGAAAAAAUACCAAAAUUAAUAUCAUCUCUAUAACAAAUGAGUGUAUUACCGCAAAACAAAGUGAGAUCGAUGAGACGCUUCUCAAAGAUAAGUUUAAAAUCAAAGGUAUUCGUCGCCACCACUCUUUUCUUUUUAAUAUUGAUGGUGCUUACAUGGCAAUUUGUAACCAAUCAGAAAUGGUAAAAAUUGUUAAGAAUUCAUCAUCUUCAUUAUUGAUAAACGCGGUAUCAUCCCCGUCUAAAAGGUACAAAUUUGAUACUAUUUCUCCAGGUAUAUUUGUCUUUGUAGAAUUGCGUUCUGCUGGUAGAACAAAGACAUACCUUGCCGAAGUAUUAGAAAUUUCAGAUAAUAUGGCACAUAUUAAAUUCCUAAAAGAACAAAACGAACUCAUUUUUAUAUACCCAUCUGUAGACGACCUCUCCUGGCAUGACUUGUGUGAGUUAAAACCGUUAGUACCACAACCACACUUUGAUAACCGUGGACAUAUUAUUGUCGAGCCGAAGUAUUAGCACUAAAAAUAUUGUUAAAAAUUUGAUACUGUAUCUUUCUUAUCUUUAAUAUAUUAUUAACUAUAUAAUACAUUAUUCAUUUUUAAUAUAAUACACUUAAGUAUUUAUUUAUAAUCCAAUGUGUAUUAAAUUAAUUAGUAUUGAUAUAUAUGCUAUUUGUGAUAGUCCCAACCAAUUUAUUUCCAAAAAUACAAUCCAAAAAUGACGAAUGUUUGCAUGUUCCGUUCGUUACUUUUUUUUUGUCCGUAUGUGAUUUUGGUUGAAACUACUAUU